GCCGACCAAAAUCCUGAGGUUAUUUGGCUUAAUCCAAAAAGCAAAAAGAUGAAAGAAUCUAGCAGAAUUAAAUUUGGUUUGACUCCUGAUGGAGGGGCAAAUACAUACACUGCUCAAUUGGAAUUAAAGAACUACAAAGCAAAAGAUAGUGGGACAUACACUUGUAACAUAAAAAAUGAUGCUGGAGAAGCAAAUGUUGAAUUAACGCUUAAUAUUGAAGGUAAAUUUAAUUUUUUUUGA